AUGUCUUCCUCCUCCAUGAAAACAACUGCAACAGCAAAUUUUUAUUUACCAGAAGAGUGUUGGGAAUCUGUCUUCACAUUCCUCAACGAUGACAAACGUUGCUUGGAGUGUAUAUCUAUGGUCUCCAAACAGUUUCUAGCUAUCAUCAACUGUCUCGUGUUCUCUUUUCAAAUAUGUGAUCAAACUCUACCUUUCAUUCCUCGCCUAUUCCAAAGGUUUCCAAACCUCACUUCCCUCGACCUCACACUCUUCUCCAAAGAUGGCGAUAUCGACGAGCUUCUCUACCAAAUAUCUACUUUCCCAUUGAACCUAAAAACACUCAAACUCUCCAACCAAUUCACCAUUCCCGCAUAUGGGCUGCGAGCUUUGUCCAAAAAGAUUACAACUUUGAAUUCUCUCACAUGUUCCAACAUUGUUUCACUUGAUAAUGAUGACCUUGUUCGCAUCUCCGAUUGUUUCCCUUUUCUUGAAGAACUUGACAUUAGUAGUACUAGUGUUGAAACUAAGUUGGUAGAAAUUGACAAUAUUGAUGUUGGAUUGGAGACUAUGUUAACUUCACUUCCUAAGCUCCGCAAGGUUAAUAUCGGUGGCCAUUACAACAUAGAUUAUGACUCAUUGCUUCUUCACUUGUGCAAGAGCUGUGAGUUUCUUGAAGAGGUUGUGAUUUUUGACUGUUCUUUAUUAACCCACAAUGGCAUUGCUUCUGCCAUCCGCGAGAGACCGGGUUUGAGGUCUCUCUCUUUUACUGAAUUUGGGGGAUUGGGAAAUAGUUCACACUUUAUUAACUCUUUGGUGAGUUUGAAGGGCUUAAAUUGUCUUAAUUUGUCGUAUUCGGCUGUCACAGAUGAAUUGUUAUCAUCUAUCGCAGAGGAAGGUCUUCCUUUAAGGAGGCUCGUCCUCAGCGGUUGCAGCAGAUAUACUUAUGCCGGAAUCUUUAAGUUAUUGUCUAAGUGUCAAUCUAUUCAAUACUUGGAUCUUCAAAGUGCCCAUUUUCUAAAGGAUAGCAAUUUUGUUGAGUUGUCUUUAUUUCUUGUUGAUUUGGUCUCUAUAGACAUUAGUGAUUGUAGUAGGCUCACAAUUGUAACCUUGUCUGCACUACUUAGGAACUGUUCUAAACUUAAUGAGGUCAAAAUGGAAGGCACAGGUACUACUAAAUACAUGGGUGUAGAGAAUUCUAGUACCUUGAUGAAUUUGGUUGUAAACCCUCAAUUAAAGUCUCUUCAUUUAUCUGACAACAAAUGGCUGACUGAAAAACACGUCCAUGUGUUUGCUUCCAUUCUCCCGAAUUUACAACUACUGGAUUUGAGUUGGUGCUGUCGCAUAUCUGAGAAAGGUAUUGGCCUGGUUUUAAAGAGAUGUAGUAAGAUUAGACAAUUGAGUAUAGUCUAUUCUCAAAGACUCGAGCCACUUAGAAUGAACUUUAAGGUUUCCACGUUGGAGGUGUUGAACUUGUCACAUACAAAUGUUGUCGAUGAAACACUUUAUGCAAUCUCAAAGAAUUGUCGCGGGCUUUUGCAAAUUAUACUGGAAAGAUGUCUUCUUGUCACAAUGAAGGGAGUGAAGCACGUAGUUGAAAACUGCACACAACUGAGAGAGAUCAAUUUGAGGGAUUGUGAUAAAGUGCACCUUAAUGCUAAUAGUGUUUCCUUAAUGGUAUUUUCAAGGCCAUCAUUGAGAAAGAUAACAGCUCCACCUAAUUUUCAUUUGAGUGAAAAGAAGAAACUCUUGUCUCAUCAAUUAUGCAUUGUUUGGUAG